GAGAAGCGGAAGAGGAGGCGGAAGGGCGGUCCUGCGGCGGCAGGGGGCGGGAACGGGAUGGUAACGGCCGCGCCGAGGGGCUGCGCUACAGGGAGGCUGGGCCGUGACUGCUGGCCGUGACUGCCGCUGCUUGCUCCGUGUGACCCCGCGGCUCCGUCUCGGCCAUGAUGAUCCACGGCUUCCAGAGCAGCCACCAAGACUUCUCCUUCGGGCCCUGGAAGCUGACGGCCGCCAAGACCCACAUCAUGAAGUCGGCGGAUGUGGAGAAGUUAGCUGAUGAAUUGCAUAUGCCAUCUCUCCCUGAAAUGAUGUUUGGAGACAACGUUUUAAGGAUCCAGCAUGGCUCUGGCUUUGGAAUUGAGUUCAAUGCUACAGACGCACUAAGAUGUGUAAACAACUACCAAGGAAUGCUUAAAGUAGCUUGUGCUGAAGAGUGGCAGGAAAGUAGGACGGAAGGUGAACACUCCAAAGAAGUUAUUAAGCCAUAUGAUUGGACCUAUACGACAGAUUAUAAAGGAACAUUACUUGGAGAAUCUCUUAAGUUGAAGGUUGUACCUACAACGGACCACAUAGAUACAGAGAAAUUGAAAGCCAGAGAGCAGAUUAAAUUUUUUGAAGAAGUUCUUCUGUUUGAAGAUGAACUACAUGAUCAUGGAGUUUCCAGCCUGAGUGUGAAAAUUAGAGUAAUGCCUUCAAGUUUUUUCCUGCUGUUGCGGUUUUUCUUGAGAAUUGAUGGGGUGCUUAUCAGGAUGAAUGACACGAGGCUCUACCAUGAGGCCGACAAGACCUACAUGUUACGAGAAUAUACAUCACGAGAGAGCAAAAUUGCUAAUUUAAUGCAUGUUCCACCGUCCUUCUUCACGGAACCUAAUGAAAUAUCACAAUACUUACCAAUCAAGGAGGCAGUUUGUGAGAAGCUAGUAUUUCCAGAAAGAAUUGCUCCUAACCCUGCAGACUCACAAGAAAGUACACCUGCAGAAUAGAAAGUAGCAUAACACCUUUUUGCUGUGGAUUCUGAUACCUUGGCCAUUCGUGGGGGGUAUUUUUACUAUGAGAAUUAAUUUCCUUAUGUGCAGAUUUUAUGUAGCCUUAAAGGAAAUCAAAAAUAAAAGAUUGCUGCAGGCAGGUUCCAUUCAAUUGCUAUUUGUACUGUCUGUCUUCAAAUUCAUACUCCAGAUUACAUGCUCUGGAGGUACAUUUGGAUUCCUGAGUAAUCAGCCACAGUGGUAUGUAUGUCUCAGCAGUGGCCAUGAUCCGCAUCCAUCAUGAAGCACUGCCUUCUACUGUGAAGAGGUUAAUUUGUAAAUUAUCACUGAAUCCUGAUGCCGAGUGACUCAUGGGAUUCUUGGUCCUGCAUGUUGAUGUACAGUACGAUCUUUGCUUUGGGCUUUCUGGUGUUUAUUUGCACUUCUGGAGACUUAUGACUUGUCACCUAGGAAACUAAUCUGGUAAGACAUUCAUUAUUUGGGGUUUCUGGACAAUAUCAUAGUGUGUGUGUUUAUACACACGUGUAUUUUUAAAACUUGUUAACUUACAUGUCUUGGUCCCUGAGUAGUGUUAAAUUACUUGUUUUGAUAAAUUAUUGUUAAAAAUUGUGGAGAAUUAAAAGAAUUGCUUUUUGUUGUUUAAAAGAAAAAAAAAGUGGGAGGUGGAUAAGGGUCGGUAUAUUUCUGAAGAUUUAUUAGUUUAUUCCUGUGAGGAAUAUUAAGAAAAUGUGUAUUUAGCCAUUGUUAAAUAUGACACAUACCAUUUUAUAUUUAUUUGUUUUAAGUGUCUUUUGUAAGAGAAGAAUAAAUAAGGAAUUAUGGAUCCA